GUUGCUUGCUCGUGUAAUUAUCUUAAGCGUGCUUUUAUAAUAUGAUAAUUGCACAAUUCGACAAAUUGUUAGUGUCGUGGGCAUGCAAGUUUAAUAGUUAAUUGUUGCAAAGUAUUGAAAAACCACAUUUACAAUGUCAUUGCCAGUGAUUUAUCUCACCAGGAAAGAAACGUUCAGCGCUUGUCAUCGAUUGCACAGCUUAUUGUUAUCUCCGGAGGCAAAUGAAGCGUUAUAUGGAAAAUGCAACAAUUAUAAUGGUCAUGGUCAUAAUUAUACAGUCGAAGUAGUUCUUAAAGGGCCUGUUGAUCCGCACACAGGAAUGGUUAUGAAUAUCUCAGAACUGAAGAAAUAUAUGGAUGAAGCAAUUAUGCAGCCUCUAGAUCACAAGAAUUUAGAUAAGGAUGUCCCAUAUUUUCAAAGUGUGAUAAGUACGACUGAAAAUCUUGCGAUAUUUAUUUGGAACAGUUUGAAGAGUUUACUACCUCGUCCAGAACUGCUGCAUGAAGUUCGUUUAAGGGAGACUGAUAAAAAUUAUGUGUGUUAUCGAGGAAAUUUCUCAAAUAGCGUAAAAAAUGAUCGGCGAGUUUCAGAAAAUGUUGGAUCUACCAUGUCAUCAGAUUCUGAUUAAUUAACAUAAACAAUAAAGACUAUACAGAAGAUAUUAUAUAAUA